CCCCACCCAGAAUCAAACGGUUCUGUACGGCACGACGGGCAGUACAGUCGCGAGCCUCAACAUCUGGGAUCAUCAUCAUCAUCAUCGUCAUCCAGUGGACACCUGACCGAACCACUCGAGACGGUAGGCGUUUCUUCCGGAGCCCCCUACCAGCCGCGGACUCCACCGCCGCCGAGAACGUAACCCUCGCGAGACAGGUGGUAGCUCCUAGACUCGGCGCUUUAACGAGAGUGCAACUGCAGUUGGCGGCCGACUUGUGCACGGGGAACGCGGGAGAGAGAACGCUCGUUCCGACUCGCGGCGCACUUUCGGGGAGACCCAGAAAGAAGGAGAAAUGAGAAUCAUCGUUCUAGUCGCAUUCGUCAUGGCCAUCCUGGCGAGCGUCUCGGCGCAGAAUUUCAGGCACUUCUUCGCGGGAUUUAAUCCUUACAUCCAGUCCGCCACGGUAAUGAGGGAUUCGAGAUCGAACAGAGGUCCGGUAUUAUUUCCACCUGGACCACCACCCAACUCGGCUGACACCAGCGGCGUCGUCGUGGGCGCGAGCGGAUACGGAUUCGUGCCACCCAGCGCAGGUUAUAUCACCUACUUCUACUACUAAACAUCGACAACUAAGAAGUGACAAAAAGAUGGCAGCACGAAGGAAAUGAGGGUCAAAGUUUCGGAUGUCACGGCUUGUAAACUUGAACUUACAAUGAGCGUAUUACAGAUCAGCAUUAGAUAUAUGGCUAUCGACGUAAGAACAAGCCAUUACGUCUAAAGUGGUUUCUGCAUACAAUAGGUUCUUCUUACAAUUGAAAUUGUAUGAUGAUACGUUUACCUUCCGUGAAUUUUAUUGGACAAAACGACGGCAAGUUCGCGGAACACAGAGCAAGGAAAGAAACGAUUGACGCGAUGUGAAUUAAAAAUUCCGAGGGUCAGUAUACGAUUGUGGGGAAAUAUUCUUUUGGAAAUUGGUUCCUAUAGCGUAGCGAGUAGUGUACAAAAUUGAUAUGAACGGCGAGAGUUCUAUAGAACGAGAAACGGCGCGAGAAACGAGAAAUUCGUGUUUUUAUUUAUCUCCACGGCAAAAGACUGCAAGUAGUGCAUUCCAGAGACAACCUGAUAUCAACGGGAUUAAUAGUGGCGACUGCAAGUUCCGGCUGCAUAUUGAAAAUGAUAUUAUGCCGCUUAAUCUGGAUACCUAACGCCGCGAUAAUCUCGCACAACGGUAACAAGCACGUCCGUUACCUGCGUAAUGGAGUCCACGAAAGUACAAGUCGUAUUUUACGGUGCAUUACGGGUACUACUCGCGCCUUCGCGUGGCGGUAACGUCGUGCUGUGUAUAAUUAGUACUUGGCGGAAAGCGCCGCUACGACACAGUGCGAUGCUAGAAGAGCUAACAAAGCGACCGGAGACAUGAAUAGCGAUCCGCUUGGCGGGGGCGCGCGCGCGCGGAGAUAUCCGCUUAUGAAACGAAACCGGUGAACAGGCGGGUCCGCGCUCUCUCUCUCUCUCUUACUUUCUGCUAGAUCCCCAUAAAAUAAUUAAACACGUUGCGCUUUGCUGGCCGGUAAGUUAUUUAUUGAUACCGUUGCGGCGAUUUAAUUUAUUAUAAUGUUUUCGAUCGCGUUUCCACCCAUUCGAUGUAAAACCGAUUCGUGUUCAGGAGUAUUUACCGCGCUGCGCGUGCAUCUCGAUAUAACUUGAGGUUCCUGUGUCUUUGAUAUAACCAACUUGACCCAUGACCCAUUAGAAAUAAGAAAACGUAUGCUCAAAGUUUUUGCGGAACAGAGGAGGCCGGAGCUAGAUAUAUCAUAUUUCAGAAUUUCGAAGUUACAACUUCUUAGACAACCGAUUGUUGUGACUUGCUUGCGACGAUUCUAUGUAUAUGACGAUUAAUUGUAUAUUUUGUUUGGUAAUAACCAAAAUACAAAUACAAAAUGCAGCAACGUGGCCACCUUACCCUGAUACCGCGAGUUUAGUUAUCCAAUAGCGCAGCGUAGGAAAGCUACAUAUAAAAUAUGUAUCCUGAUCAGUAGUUCCAGAGUCUCCGCGAAAGAAAAUAUUUUACGAAUGUGUCUAAUCGAUCCCAAGAGUCACUUUAUGGGUAUAUUCUUUCAUUUCAGCGUAUUUCAUGAGAAUUUUUGACAUGCACUUUCUCGUCUCUGACGUCAUCAAUCGAGAAUUCCGCGACGAGAGAUCAGGAGCCUUAACAAGUGAUAUGUAUAAAGCUGCGUGUAAAUAUACGGUAAAUUACGAGUAAGAGAAUAAAUAGAUCGCGUGAAUCAAUAGAGAGAAAGAGGAAAGAGAGCGACCACUGGAGGUGUCGCAACGCUUUCGUUUCCGUGCUAUUUGGUCAUGGUUGUUUAAACGCAGGCAUACGUUCUACGCGUCGGUUAUAUCGCCCGACUUCUCGGCUAAUCGAUUCCGCACGCGCCCGUUUUAAUCACGCGCGCAGUGGCGAAAGAUAUGUAAAUUCGCGGCUUCAUUGAUCCGUGGCCGACUUAGCAGACAGAGAAACAGAGAAAGAAAAGGAGACAGAGGACUCGUGAAAAACAUCCGCAUUCCGAAUGCGGUUAGCUCGCGAUUACAUCAUUUUCGUGAAUACGAUUUUAGAGGGUGCUUGCGAAUCUCCCUAAAGAACAUGUAAAUAUUGUACGGUUUAUAUAAGAGCAAAAUAAAGUUGGUGCGUACGUCA